UGGAUAUCAGUGUUCCUCGGAGAGGGCAGGCACCUAGUGCCCUCCCACUACACGCUACGACAUGGCUUCACGACGUCGGCGAUGCUGCUAAGGAACUUUGAGUUCCAGGGAUCCAACGACGGAGUGACGUGGCAGGUUCUUCGUCGACAUCGCAACGAUCACUCCAUGGUCAUUUCCUCCCACCAUGGGCGAUACGCUGCGAGCUAUCCCGUCAGCACGGCUCAGCCCUUCUCGCACUUCCGUAUCCUCCAGACGGGAGCCAACGCUUCGGGCAACCACAGGCUGUGCCUUGGCGGCAUCGAGCUGUACGGGGUGCUGGUGCUG